GAGAGUUCAUGAUCGAACAUUCGACGAUGCUCAAGCAGACUGUUCCGACGUUCCUCAAGCCAGCGGUGUGGUCGUCGAGAUAUGGGGACAACUUUUACACGCUGGCCAUCACUGGCUUCGUCGUCCAAGAUGCUACCUUCGCCGAGUACACCAUCCAGGUCAAAUGCGGGUCGGAUACUUGGAUCGUGAAUAGGCGCUUCCGCGAGUUCGUCGACCUCUGGAACGAACUGCACUGCCUUGGCUCUCGCCUUCCAGAACUGCCGGCCAAGUCGUUUCUGUGCUUUCGCGACUUGAGCCACGACUACCUGUCGGAGCGCCGACGGGCCCUGGAAGAGUGUCUGUGGGACCUGCUUCAACUGUCCAGCAUGGGCGAGAUCGACGCCAUCAAAUCCUUUUUGGAUCUCAUCAAAGACGAUCGAUAUUAAAAGCAUACUUCAUGAUUCCUACUUCUUGCCCUUCUUCUUAUUCUUCUUCUUGUUCUUCUUGCUCGCGUCAGGGCUGGCGGCAGGAGCUGCUUCGUCGUUUUGGACGUCCGUCACGAGGUUGUCUGAUGGCUCCAGGUCUACGUACCCGUCACUGGUCACACUGGUCUGCAACGCCGCAUUCGUGUCUUCGUCAUCGUCGGUGACAAUCGUCAACGCUUUCGAAGACGACGCUUCGUCACUCUCAAUCACUUGAGCCGCCUCCACGUCUUCAAUGGACGGGGAAGUGGGCGGCAAACUGCCCUUUCGAGCAAUCUUUUUGGGUGACGAAAUAACUGUCGUGGAUGGUUUAGGCGACGAAACAACUGGCGUGACGCUCUUAGGAGACGCCUUUGGGGACGACUUGUGAGCGAUGUACGCGGCUUCAAUGACACUGGCGGCUUCGACUUGAUCGCUAUCCGGUUGCGGUGAGCCCUUGCGGUUGAUCUGGACUGGCGAUGACACGGGCGGCGUGGGCUGCUUCUUCGGGGACGACGUCGGUGUUGGCUUUUUAGGUGACGGAGCGGGCGAGUGCGUUGGCGAUGUCUUGUGCGCAAUGUAGGCUGCUUCAAUCACGCCCACGGCCUCUGCUUGAGUGUCGAGUGUCGGGGGUGUGCUGGACUUGCGAGUUUGCGCGGGGGAUGACACUGGCGACGCAGGUUGCUUGGCAGGGAGCCGUUUUGGCGAUGCUGGAGGCGAGGAUUUGUGGGCAAGGUACGCGGAUUCAAUGGCCACCGCCGCUUGCUUGGGCGACGGUGGAGGCGAAGGAAUCUUAGCUUUCGGUGAUGGCAGCGGCGACGGAGCUUUCGCUUUGGUGACCGGCACUUGCUUUGGCGACGGUGGAGGCGAAGGAAUCUUGGCUUUCGGUGAUGGCAGCGGCGACGGAGCUUUCGCUUUGGGUGAAAGCGCUACCGCCUUGGACGUGGCAUGUUUCGGAGAGGUUGUGGGGCUGCUGAGCGAGCGACUGUUGUCGUCCUUGUUGGUCUUGGGUGAUUGGUCCAAGAACUUUAGCGCCAGGAAUGCCGCAAGUCCUACGAUGCCAGCCGCAGCCACGACGAGCGCAGCCGAACCUGGCCCGAUCCGCUUGCUGGCCAUCUGCUUGACAAGUGACACUUGGAAGGAUUUCUG